CCCCUCCGGCUUUUUUCCUUUGCCUUUGAUACGAAUUUUUGGUAUGGACGAUGGCGGUACCGUGCUGUACAGUACAUACAACGGCCGGUUUUUAUAUGAUAUGCCGUGUUUCCUAGCUUUUGAUUUUGACUGCAUGGGUGCUUUGGUCUUCCCGGAUUAUUCCCAGUUAAUCCCGGUGAAGAUGCAGGGGGUUGAGCAGAGAAUACGGAGGGGAUGGAGGGGCGGUGCUUGGGCUGUUGCAGUGCAGUGCAGUGCAGUGCUUUGCUCUGGCAUUGCGCCCGUGGUGUUUCUUGAUAGCACUGGUGGUGAUGGACGUAGGGAUGAUUGA